AUGCUAAGACGGUGCUCCAACAUCCCUCGUUCCGCCCUCAACCUCUCCAGGCCUUCCAUCCGAGCAUUCUCAAAACCCUCCGCUCCCGUAUCAGCUUCCGCUUCUCAGCUAUCUACCAAGGAGAACGUCCUCUUCGAAUUAGAUGUUAAGAAAGUAGGACAUGAGAUCAGGAAGAGAGGCUUGACUAGCUCCAUUGGCGCUGGGAGGGAAGGUGGUAUGGAUAGGGACACUAUCAUCAGACUUUUGUACUCUUUGGGAUCACGGCACGAAGUAGAAAGAUACCUUCGUAUCUUCACCCAAUCAUCCAAAGACGCUUCUCCAGGAGGUGUUCUUCCAGAAGCUAAAUUCGCUGUUCUCAAAAUCGGUGGUGCUAUCCUCACCAACGAGCUUGACGAUCUCGCUCUCUCAUUGUCCUUCUUGAAUAGACUUGGGCUGUUUCCUAUAGUGUUACACGGUGCGGGUCCUCAGCUUAACGACAUUCUUGAAGCUGAAGGUAUCGUUCCAGACUACGAAGACGGUAUCCGAAUCACAGACCCCAAAACCCUUUCUAUCGCUCGACGAGUUUUCCUCCAAGAAAACCUCAAGCUUACCACCGCUCUUGAGCGACUCGGUACACGUGCUCGACCCAUUCCCACCGGUGUUUUCACCGCCGACUACCUCGACAAAGCCAAAUACGGUCUUGUGGGAAAGAUCACUCGAGUCGAUAAAGCUCCUAUCGAAGCUGCUAUCAAAGCUGGAUGUCUGCCCAUCCUCACUUCGCUCGCUGAAAAUGCCGAAGGUCAGAUCUUGAACGUUAAUGCAGAUGUCGCUGCUGGAGAAUUGGCCAGAGUCCUCGAACCCAUGAAGAUCGUAUAUCUCAACGAGAAGGGUGGUUUAUUCCACGGUGUAUCCGGAAAGAAAAUCUCCACCAUCAACCUUGAUGAGGAGUACGAUUCCCUCAUGAAGGAAUCAUGGGUCAAAUUCGGUACCAAACUCAAGAUCCGAGAAAUCAAAGAACUCCUCGAUACUCUGCCUCGAACUUCUUCCGUUGCUAUCAUUUCCACCGGAAUGCUCCAGAAAGAACUUUUCACCGAUGCUGGUGCCGGUACCUUGAUCCGAAGAGGACACAAAUUGUACAAGCAACCUGGUGUAGAAGCUGUUGGAUCUACUCAACUCCGACAGGUUUUCACUGAAAGAGAUCCUGAAGUAAUUUCCGGUAAACGAAGUGUUGCUGAGAUUUUUGGUGAUUUCAAAAACACCCCUACCACAAUCUACGGAGAUGAGCCUUUAGACGUCGUUGCUGUUGUCUCUCAUCCUCAAGGUGAAACUCCCGUCAUGACCAAAUUCCUCCCCUCGGGUAAUGGUAUGUUGAACAAGAUCGCCGAUAACGUCUUUGAUACCAUCAAGAAAGAUCACAAGAGGUUAUUCUGGACUGCCAAUGCAGAUGACGAGAACCGAGCAUGGCACUUCGAGAGAGCCGACGGAAGCUUCACUAGAGCCGGAAGAUCUUUGUUCUGGUACGGUGUAGCUGAUGUCAAAGAGGUUGAAAGGAUUAUUGAGGGGUUCGAGCAAUCCGGUAGAAUCGAAAGAGUCUUUUUACCCGUUGGACCCAGUACUCCACCUCACCGAUUAGGAGCCACCAGAGCGUUUUCAACUUCCGCUAGACCCUCGCUCGUCAACGCUGCCUUGAACGGUAGAAGAGGAUACGCCACUGCUGCAGAGGUACCAAGGAAGAAGGUCGCUCUCAUCGGUGCAAGAGGAUACACAGGUCAAAACCUCAUCUCGUUAAUUGACAACCACCCACACUUAGACCUCACCCAUGUAUCCUCAAGGGAAUUAGCUGGAUUACCAUUGAAGGAAUACAAGAAAUCUCAAGUUUCCUACUCCAACCUCUCAGUUGAGGAUGUCGGUAAGAUGGCUGAAUCCAAUGAGGUCGAUGCGUGGGUCAUGGCUCUCCCCAAUGGGAUCUGCAAACCAUUCGUCGAUGCGAUCGACUCGGCAGCUUCAAAAGGUGGUAAAGGAGUUAUCGUAGAUUUAAGUGCGGAUUAUAGAUUUGAGAAAGACUGGACAUAUGGUUUGCCGGAAUUAUACGGACGUGAAGAAUCUAAACGAUCAACUAGAAUCUCCAAUCCUGGAUGUUACGCUACCAACACUCAACUGCUCUUGGCUCCUCUCAUGCCUCAUCUGGACAAAUCUCAGAUGCCAUCGGUCUUUGGGGUAUCGGGAUUCUCAGGUGCGGGUACGAAAUCGGGUGAGAAGGAUGAAGAAGGUAGACCCAAGACGGUUCCUAAGAUUUCCGCUCAAGAUCUCGGUCUUUCAAUCAGACCAUACACCCUAACCGACCACAUCCACGAACGGGAAGCUUCCAAUCACCUAUCAAGCCUUACCUCUCAACAAGAUUUCAAACUCGCUUUCAUCCCGAACGUCGCUCCUUGGUUCUCAGGUAUAAUCUCAGUCCUCACUGCUCCUCUCGACAAAUCUUUCAGAGCUUCAGAGAUUUUCGAGUUGUACCAGGAGAAGUACCAGAAUGAACGAUUGAUCGAAUUGGGAAAGACUGUGCCCGAUGUUAGGGAUAUCGAAGGGAGACAUGGUUGGAAAAUGGGUGGGGUGCAGGUACACAGUUCUGGAAAGAGGGUGGUCGUAGUUGGAACAUUGGAUAACUUGCUUAAAGGAGCUGCCACUCAGUGUAUGCAGAACCUCAACAACGCCCUUGGAUACGAAGAGCUGGCUGGUAUUCCCCUUGACAAACUUUAG